CUACUGAACCAGGCGCGGCGCUCCCCGCGCUGGGGCCAGGUGUCGGCGCGCCGCAUGGUGCUGCUGUGUCUGUCGCAGCACGCGCCCGGGGCGCACGACGCCGGCACCGAGGACGAUACAAGAAUGCUAGCGCUCAAAACGGCCGAAAAGCUGCUAGCGGAAGUAGCGCCCGGAGACCGUAAAGCCUUGCAGGCGCUAAUCCAGCUCGCUACAAGACAAAAGAGCAUGGCCGAGCGCGUGCUGCAAGACCUGCUGCCGGCCAUUACAGAUGACGCUGGCCAAGAUGACCCGUACCUCAUACUGGCUAUCGCUAACGCUUACAAUAUUGUGAAACAACCAACGAGAUCCAAGAACAUCCUAAAGCGGACUAUUUCGUCUAUACCUUGGACACCGGAGAAGGCUGAUGGUUUAGAGAGAUGCUGGCUGGAAGUCGCUGACGGCCAAGUGAGCUCCGGCCGAGUGGACGCAGCCAAGGAACUGCUGACUAAGGUUCUCAACCACAACAACUCUUGCUCCGCCGCUUAUCAACUUUUAGGCUACUUGGCUGAAAAGGAGCAGAACUACAAAAAUGCUGCCCAGAACUACGAUAACGCGUGGUCAUUCGGAGGCAAGAGCGAUCUCUCCGUCGGCUACAAGCUGGCUCACGCGUAUCUGAAGCUUAAGAAGUACCCCGAGUGCAUUGUCGUCUGUCGGCAUAUACUUAAGGCGCAUCCCGACUAUCCCAAGCUUAAGAAGGAGAUAUUGGAGAAAGCUAAGACUAAUUUAAGAACAUAAAUAUGCAUUUUAAAAAUGAUUGUGGCUUUGACAGUAGCGACUGUUGUCUGACCCCUACAGUCUACAGUGGAGGGGCCCCAUAUGAACUUUAUUUACGAUAUAGAGUAAGAGCCGGUUGACAAACUGAUUAAUGUCAAGUAGAAGUCAUCCCAUAGAUCAGGGGUCACCUAUUAGUUUCAUCAGGGGUAAAAUUAAAUUAAAAUAACCAUCGCGGUCCGUUUCUACUUGAGUCUAUUAAAUAAGCAAAAAAAUAAAAAACAACGGGUUGCACUCCGGGAGUGCCGGCAGAAGUGAAAACUUGAAUAUUAACCUUGUGCAUUUUUAGGGUUAACCAAAUGGCAAAAAACGGAACCCUUAUAGAUUCGUCAUGUCCGUCUUUCUGUCCGUUUAUGUCACAGCCACUUUCCGAAACUAUAAGAGCUAUACUGUUCAAACUUGGUAAGUAGAUGCAUUCUAUGAACCGCAUUAAGAUUUUUACACAAAAAUAGAACAAAAACCAAUAAAUUUUGGGGGUUCCCCAUACUUAGAACUGGAACUCAAAAAAUCUUUUUUCAUCAAACCCAUACGUGUGGGGUAUCUAUGGAUAGGUCUUCAAAAAUGAUAUUGAGGUUUCUAAUAUCAUUUUUUUUCUAAACUGAAUAGUUUGCGCGAGAGACACUUCCAAAGUGGUAAAAUGUGCCCCCCCCCCCCCCCCCCCCGUAACUUCUAAAAUAAGAGAAUGAUAAACCUAAAAAAAAUAUAUGAUGUACAUUACCAUGCAAACUUCCACCGAAAAUUGGUUUGAACGAGAUCUAGUAAGUAGUUUUUUUAAAUACGUCAUAAAUGGUACGGAACCCUUCAUGGGCGAGUCCGACUCGCACUUGGCCGCUUUUGAUAUUUUGGACUGGUUAGGAAAUAAUUUUGCACGAAUUGGUUUAAUUAUCAGUAUAAAGUACUAUCAUUUAUGUGGUAAAAUACAAUAUUCAAGUUUUCACUUCUGCCGGCACUCCCGGAGUGCAACCCUUUAUACCCGGCGCGGCGCAGGAGAGGAGGUAUCCCCCUCUCUUUCUACCGCGCGGCGGUCUACUGGCGUCAAUGACAUUGUAACAGUUUUUCGAUCAGGUCACGUGUCCGUCUUACGAAUUUUCAAACUAACUAAUCUGUCGGUCACGUCACGUGACCUGCCGCGAGUUU